GCUGUCAGUACAUGUCCCGUAUGACUCUGCAGCCUCGCUUACACAACCCGGCAGGCUGUAGGACCGCGAUGCCCGCUGUCGGUACAUGUCCUGUAUGACGCUGUUGUCUUACUGACAGAAUCCGGCAGACUGUAGGACCGCGCUGGCCGCUGUCAGCAGACGUCUGUAGGAUCCCACCGCUGCGUCAGUGGCUGAACCCGGCAGGCUGUAGGACCGCGCUGCCCGCUGACAGCAUCGGGCGGGCGGUAGGACCGCGCCGCUGCCUCCAUUUCCCGGCCAGGCCGCCUCCCCCCUUCUCUCGCCGCUCCCGUGUCCCGCGCCCCCAGCAUGGAGUACGAGUGGAAGCCGGACGAGCAGGGCCUCCAGCAAAUCCUGCAGCUGCUCAAAGAGUCCCAGUCUCCGGACACCUCCACGCAGAGGACCGUGCAACAGAAAUUGGAGCAACUGAACCAGUUUCCAGAUUUCAACAAUUACCUAAUUUUUGUUCUGACAAAGCUAAAAUCUGAAGAUGAACCUACGCGUUCUUUGAGUGGGCUGAUCCUGAAAAAUAAUGUAAAAGCUCAUUUUCACAAUUUCCCCAAUGGGGUGACUGACUUUAUAAAGAGUGAAUGUUUGAAUAACAUCGGUGACUCAUCUCCACUAAUUCGCGCAACAGUGGGUAUCCUGAUCACAACAAUUGCUUCGAAAGGAGAGUUACAGAAUUGGCCUGAGCUCCUGCCAAAAUUGUGUGGUCUAUUGGAUUCUGAGGAUUACAACACAUGUGAAGGAGCAUUUGGAGCCCUUCAGAAAAUCUGUGAAGACUCUGCGGAAAUCUUAGACAGUGAUGUUUUGGAAAGGCCUCUCAAUGUUAUGAUUCCAAAGUUUCUGCAGUUCUUCAAACAUAGUAGUCCAAAAAUAAGGUCACAUGCUGUAGCCUGUGUAAAUCAGUUCAUCAUUGGGAGAACGCAAGCUCUUAUGCUGCACAUUGAUUCCUUUAUUGAGAAUCUGUUUGCUUUGGCCACUGAUGAAGAAUCAGAGGUUCGUAAAAAUGUCUGCAGGGCGCUUGUCAUGCUGCUGGAAGUGCGAAUGGACCGCCUGCUCCCUCACAUGCACAACAUUGUGGAGUACAUGCUGCUGAGAACGCAGGACCAAGACGAAAAUGUGGCUUUAGAGGCUUGUGAGUUUUGGCUUACUCUUGCUGAGCAACCAAUCUGCAAAGAAGUUCUAUGUAGACAUCUUGCAAAGUUGAUACCAGUCUUGGUAAAUGGGAUGAAAUAUUCAGAAAUAGAUAUUAUCUUGCUUAAGGGUGAUGUAGAAGAGGAUGAAGCUGUUCCUGACAGUGAGCAGGACAUACGGCCCCGAUUCCACAGAUCACGAACAGUGGCUCAGCCACAUGAGGAGGAUGGAAUUGAGGAGGAUGAUGAUGAUGACGACGACCUUGAUGAUGAUGAGACAAUCUCAGACUGGAAUAUAAGGAAAUGUUCAGCUGCAGCUCUUGAUGUACUUGCCAAUGUGUUUCGGGAUGAUCUUUUACCACACAUUUUGCCUCUAUUAAAAGAACUUCUUUUCCAUCCGGAAUGGGUAGUCAAGGAGUCUGGAAUCUUGGUUCUUGGCGCAAUUGCAGAAGGUUGCAUGCAGGGUAUGAUUCCAUACCUCCCUGAGCUUAUCCCUCACCUUAUUCAGUGCCUUUCUGAUAAGAAGGCUCUUGUACGCUCCAUUACUUGCUGGACCCUUAGCCGCUAUGCACACUGGGUAGUUAGCCAGCCCCCGGACAUGUAUUUAAAGCCAUUAAUGACAGAGCUGCUAAAACGUAUCCUUGACAGCAACAAGAGAGUACAAGAAGCUGCUUGCAGUGCCUUUGCUACCUUAGAAGAGGAGGCGUGUACUGAACUCGUCCCUUACUUGGGUUACAUCCUGGACACCUUGGUCUUUGCAUUCAGUAAAUACCAGCAUAAAAACCUGCUCAUCCUUUAUGAUGCUAUAGGGACGCUAGCAGAUUCUGUGGGGCAUCAUUUAAAUAAGCCAGAAUAUAUUCAGAUGCUGAUGCCUCCGCUUAUUCAGAAAUGGAAUGUUCUAAAGGAUGAGGACAAGGAUCUCUUCCCUUUACUUGAGUGCCUAUCUUCUGUCGCUACUGCACUUCAAUCUGGUUUCUUACCAUACUGUGAACCUGUGUACCAGCGUUGUGUGAAUUUGGUACAAAAGACUCUUCAACAAGCAAUGAUGCACAAUGCUCAGCCUGACCAGUAUGAGUCUCCAGAUAAAGAUUUCAUGAUUGUGGCGCUAGAUUUACUGAGUGGACUAGCUGAAGGCCUUGGUGGUAACAUUGAACAACUUGUGGCUCGGAGCAACAUACUCACGUUGAUGUACCAGUGUAUGCAGGAUAAAAUGCCAGAGGUCCGUCAAAGCUCUUUUGCUUUGUUGGGAGAUCUGACAAAGGCCUGUUUUCAACAUGUCAAAGCUUGUAUUGCUGAUUUUAUGCCCAUUUUAGGAACAAAUUUAAACCCGGAGUUAAUUUCUGUGUGCAACAAUGCUACAUGGGCAAUCGGUGAAAUCUCUAUACAAAUGGGAAUUGAAAUGCAGCCUUAUAUUCCAAUGGUGUUACACCAACUAGUAGAAAUCAUUAACAGACCCAACACACCAAAGACACUCUUAGAGAAUACAGCAAUAACAAUUGGUCGUCUUGGUUACGUUUGUCCUCAAGAGGUGGCCCCCAUGCUACAGCAGUUUAUAAGACCCUGGUGUACUUCUUUACGGAACAUCCGAGACAAUGAAGAGAAGGACUCUGCUUUUCGUGGAAUUUGUGCUAUGAUCAGUGUUAAUCCUGCAGGUGUAGUUCAGGAUUUUAUAUUUUUCUGUGAUGCUGUUGCGUCGUGGAUUAAUCCAAAGGAAGACCUUCGAGACAUGUUCUGUAAGAUUCUUCAUGGAUUUAAAAACCAAGUAGGGGAUGAAAAUUGGAGACGUUUCUCAGAUCAGUUUCCACUACCCCUCAAAGAACGCCUUGCAGCUUACUACGGAGUUUAAACUAGAUGUGCUGAAGCUGCAGUCUCAAUGUUAGGGGUCCUUCAGCCUGGAAGACAGCGGGGGAGCCUCUGCACCCAGGGAAAAUGCUACCCUAUUAUAGGGGGGAAGGGCAAACCAGUAGGAAAACACAGUACAAUCCCAAAGCCUACUGGGAGGGGCGGGAGGGAGGUGUUGCCGUCACUGUAUUAAGUCGAUGUUGGGAAACGUUUAAACGUCUGGAGCCUAUGUGGGUGGAAAUAUGUCUUUUACAAUUCUGCACUGGAUGUGAAGAAGCAGAUUCUAUUCGCCAAACAGCACAUUCUGGUAUAAGGGGAAUUGUACUUAAAAGAAGUACCUUAAAAAUUGAACUUUAGAGGGCUGAGUAAGAGGAUAAUAAUUUUUUGCACACUUCAGAUGAAAAUUUAGGAAUGGGAGUUAUAGCAGUAAAUUGCAUUUAUUUUUAAGCAAAGGGUUGCCUAACCAUCCCACUAAUUGGGAGUUCUGUGUUUGCAUGUAAAUGAAGACAUAACUAGAUGACUUUGGCAAAGUUAAAAACAGCUUGCUGUGCGUGUUAAGAGCAAGUAAUUGCAGUCUGCACUUCAGAUGCCUGUGAAAUAAUUUUGGGUCUACUGCAUAAAGUGAAAUCCAUCAAAAUGCCAAAUUUAGUAUUUUUUUUUUAUAUUUAUUUAUUUUUUUCUUUCAGGAGGGGAAGAAACUCGUUAAAGCGGAAAAAAAUGUUUUUAGUUUAUUGUAAAAUCUUUAUUAGUAUAAAUAUAUAUUAUUUUUUUUGUAUUUUAUUUUUCUUUUUUACAAUCACUCCUUUGCUGAGCAUUAAUUUGUGGGGUUAUUGUUUUCUGGGUUUUUUUGUUUUGUUUUUUUGUUUUAAAACAAUCGGGAAAUUCUAAAGACCAAGGCAUUUUGUUUCAAUUUUGAGGAGACCGUGAAGUGCUUUGCACCAUAGUGCAGUGUCAUUAGGGUUUUUCCUUGACUAGGGCUAUAAAGUCCAGGAUUCCUAGUGGUUAAGUUACUUAAUUUAGUGGGUUAAGUAGCAUGCUUGUAUCACACAGUAAGAUAGGCCAACACCCGUAUGCGCCAGAUUUUUUUUUAUUUUUUUUUUAUUUAUUUUUUUACAAAUUAAAUAUGCAUUAAGUGUUCUUUUUUUGUUUUGUUUUUAGGUUUUGCCGAAUUUUGAUUUUAAGAAAAUCUACUUAUAAGUGCUGCGGAGUACGGUUAGACCUUAGCCCUUUGCCUGUCAGUUUCGGCCUGCUACACUUUACUGCACGCCUCUGAUGGGUAGAGGAUUAAGAAAUCUCCAGCAUCGGUUAAGAAAAAGAAAAUUGUAUUGUAACACAACAUGGAGAGCUGAAUUACUUGUGCAAAACUGUUUUGCCUCUGUGCUGUCAGUGUGAUGUGCUUUUUGCAUGGUUACUAGUGAUUACUACAAGUUACAUGGAGUAAGAUCAGUUUAAAAGGAUGCAUAUGUGUUAGAUGGCGCAUACUUAAAACUGUAGACAUAAAAUAAUUGCUAUAAUUUACCGAUGAUUUCCACUUCAACAUAUUACCCCCCCUAUUUUUAUUUAUUUUUUUGUGUUUCAAAGCAUGAUCCUAUACCAUUAAGUUCAUAAUUGGGGGUGCAGGGUAUCUGCACUGUUAUUGGCGCAUGUUGGUGGCCCUUUGUACCCUGAGCAAACCUAUUGGGGGUUAAAGCUAAAUCGCUACAAUAUGAAAGCUGGGUUUGAAUUACACCCCCCCACACCCCACCAUUUCAUUUGUUCAGCUCUUUUGUUGCUUUUCUUCACUUGUAUUCCUGUGAAUAAACCCUUAUUAAUUUAACCUUUUAUUUUUCUUUUCCAUGUGUAUUUUCUUAUGUACCGUGAAUGUGAAAAAUCUAACUGGCACUCUUAAUGGAGGUGUCAAUGUACAAGUGCAUGUCUUUAUUAAUUCAGAUUGCCUCAAAGGUAUCCCAUGAUGAUAAAGAAAAAUUGAAAGAGAUACGUAAACUCUGCAGGUCAGAGGUGAAACGGCCACUUUCCAUUUUCUUAGAGCAGAUUAUAAAACUUGCAAGCAAAGUUAAGCCAUAGCCAUUUUCCUAUGUUCUUUGUUUCUCAAUUCGCUUCGCGAAUCAGACAUUUGUAAUCAAUUUUGUAAAUGUUUCCCUAAUUUGCAUGGUUUUAUUUCUUUUGUUGAAGUGAGAUCUAUUGCACUAAACCUUAAAGGGUAACAGGAGACUAAUGGUCUUUAAUAUGAUGCCUGCUUUAAUAGCAGCUUAGAUGCUCAGUGUACAGUGCUACUACUGUAUGUAAAUCAUUGAGUUCUGCUAAAUCACAGUAUCUAUGCUGAACCAUGGAACCAUUUGAUGAUACUGUUUAAAAGAGAGAGAAAAAGCUUACUCCCCUUUGGAGCAACACUCAGACAAUUUGUGGGGAAAUGGUGCAAAAUGUAAACAACUAAAAAUUGCCUUUUUUUUUCCUAAUGAAUUCUAUAUAAAAAUAUUUUCAAUAUUUUUCUUUAAGUCAAACUUUAAAUUUUACUUUUUUUAUUUUCUGUAACUCAAAUUGGUAAGCGUAAUCAUUCAUUUGUUAGUCUGCUGAAUGAAUGACUUUUAGUAACGGUUAAACUCAGGUCUUAACAAUCUGAUUUAAAGUGAUUUUUUUGCUCCCAAACUCUUGUUGCUUCAUAAAACUGGGGUUCUUGACAGGUCAAUCCGUUGUUGACCAUGUAUUUUAAGCAGCAACUGAGAGACCAAUGGAAAACUUUCUGCGUGAUGCAGGAUGGUAACAGUUGGGGUGAGGAGCAUUUAAGGUGUUCAUGCAAAAAUACCAAAAUUGGUAUAAAAACGAGAUAAACCGAAGAAACUGUGCUUCUUAAAGUCUUGUCUUAUGAAAAGCACGUCGGCAAUCAAACAAUCAAACCAGGUGUGACUGUAAUGCAUUUUUGUCUGUCUCCUGAAAUUCUGACAUAGUAGGAAAGAAAUCUACAGUAUAAUAAAACCAUUCAAAUACAAAAUUGAUUAAGCCUCAUACAAAAGCAGGUCAUUUCAUGGAUAUUUUUUUAAAACAGUCUUUCGAUAUUUUCACACAAAAGCCAUGUUUGACACUGUAAUGCCAAUCUAUCCGUCUUAGCGGUCACAGGAGACAGGGUUGCCUUUUUGGUUUACCAUAAAUAGUUCUUUAAUUCUUGCAUCAUGGGAUAUAUAAAGCAUCUUACUAUUGUGGUCUAGUCUUGACAGUUUUUGAAUGUCGAUGGAAUGUUUAUAGAAUUGUGGGUCUUUGUCUUGUUACAUUCCAGUGUUUUCUGCCUCUUGGCAUGCUAAAAGCACGGCUUAAAACGUCUGUCUCUCACACUGAAUAAAGUGCUGUUAGAGUGCUAAACUACAGAAAUAGCCGCUGCUAUGUGAUGUAGAUUCUCUACUUGAAUAUUUUUAUGUUGUAGGAACCUCAGGAGGUCUGUGUUUACUGUUUUUAUAUCUACCUUAUCUUUCCUGUUUGAGCUUCCCUGUUUUGAAGAACUCUAAACAUGAUCAAAAACUGCCCAUCAACCUAAGUUGGUAACAGAAAGGGAUUGCUGUUAAAUCCACACCCAUUUCGUAGUCACUUUUUUUUUUUUUGUUAGCUGUCACAUAGGGGAGACCACUUUGGUGUACCCGGAAUCUCCCUUUUCAGUGCUACAGUUAUGAGCUUAGAACUUUAAUGGUAGGUUGUGGGGCCAGUGAUCUUUAUUUAGCCAGAUCUUGACACUAUUUGGUCCUUUAAAUUUACUUCCCAUACUUUACUGUGUAUACAAAGGUUGGCACCACUUUCUUCAUUUAGUUGUACAUUGGUGCUUAUUAAUGUUUAGUAAAUACACUAUAGUAGAUGCUUAGUAUAAUACAAGCGUAGUUCAAAGUGUAAUAUUUUCUUAAGGGAAGCAUUGCAGGAAUACUGCAUGUUAUAUUAUAGACUGAAUGGCAUGUCAAUGCUUUUGUGGUGGAUUCCAUUUGUGAAACUAUAUAGACUUAGGAUGACUAAUGGAAUCUAACCUAUAUAUAGAGCUAUGUAAAACACUGAAAGCUUGGACAGCCCUGUGGUAAAAUGACAAGGCUGGCUACAGAUUACUUUGUUUCUGUUUGCAGUUAGCUAUAUUUUUGUAAGAACCCUUUCUAAUAUAUUCUGGACUUUUAGCGCUGUUGAUUGUAAGACAAUAAGAAACAGUACUGCUCCAUAGAGUCCAGAGAGAGAACCUACUGAGUUGCAUUCUGAAAACAAUAAGAACUGUAGAUGUGAUUGCCCACGUUCAGUCAAAAAACAUCCUAAACAAAGCACUUAACUAUUGCUUUUUAUGGUGGAGAUUUCACAGCAUGAAGAUGGAGUGUUCAUUUGUGUUUUAUGUUCUGUUUAGCUCAUUGUUCACCUUGCCCUUUUUGGUGCUGUAUCUUAGUCAGUCUGUGAAAGUGCGGCAUUCUGCAUCAUUUCCAAACGUCAUGUUAACACUGCUACUAAUCUUCUCUAUGUAUUUAACUAAAAAAUUGAAAACAGAACUAUUUUUUUUAUUUUAAUGUUCUCUAGCAUUGUUCAAGAGUACUUUUUUGAAUGUGAAUGAUUUGUUAAUCGAAAGAAUGUUUUAUUGACCUACCCAGUAACUUGGUCUUAGGGUCCUGAGGACAAUUGUGCGGACCACUGCUUAGGGGCUACUUAAAGCACUAAAUCUGGAAUAGAUAGCCAUCCGUAAUCUAGCACUGUGAUUAUGAACAGUUCAAGCAGCCAUGUGCUAAAACAAUCAACGUGUUCUUUUUUUUUUUUUUUUUUU